CUCUUUCUCUCUCAUUCUUCUUUCAUCUCCGCUCAGAACAUCCUCCUUUCCUCCUCUUCCUCUCUCCCGGCUCCGGGAACACGCCGGGCUCCUCCACGGGGAUCAUACGGACAUGGAGCUGCUGUGCUGUGAGGUGGACACCAUCCGGAGGGCUCACCUGGACCGGAACCUCCUCACUGACCGAGUCCUCCGGACCAUGCUGAGAGCCGAAGAGACCGCCUGUCCGUCCGCCAACUACUUCAAGUGUGUGCAGAGAGAGAUCCUCCCCUACAUGAGGAAGAUCGUGGCCACAUGGAUGCUGGAGGUCUGCGAGGAACAGAAGUGCGAAGAGGAAGUGUUCCCCCUUGCCAUGAACUAUCUGGAUCGGUUUCUGUCCGUGGAGCCGCUGAAGAAGAGCAGGCUGCAACUCCUCGGGGCGACAUGCAUGUUUUUGGCAUCCAAAAUGAAGGAGACCAUCCCUUUAACUGCAGAGAAACUUUGUAUUUACACAGAUAAUUCCAUCAGACCAGAAGAAUUACUGUUAAUGGAGCUGGUAAUCCUGAAUAAGCUGAAAUGGGACAUGGCGUCCGUCACCCCUCACGACUUUAUUGAACAUUUUCUUAACAAAAUGUCACUGACUGAGGACACCAAGCAAAUCAUCCGCAAACACGCCCAGACUUUUGUGGCUCUCUGCGCUACAGAUGUAAAGUUCAUAUCGCACCCUCCUUCUAUGAUCGCAGCUGGAAGCGUAGCAGCCGCCAUACAGGGUCUCAAUUUGGGAAACACAGAUAGCAUCUUCUCCUCUCAGUGCCUUACAGUCUUCUUAUCACAAAUCAUCACAUGUGACUCGGACUGUUUGCGGGCCUGCCAGGAACAGAUCGAGUUACUCCUGGAGUCAAGUUUGCGUCAAGCAUCCCACCAGAUCAAUAUUGCCUCAGACACAAAGUCCGGGGUGGAAGACACGGACCUUUCCUGCACCCCAACCGACGUCCGAGAUGUGAACAUCUGAUGAUGGAUUAAGUUGAAAAGAGACACUCGCUUAGGUGGCUUUUCCUUUUUCUAUGGAGCCUGGGGUGUGGAAAAAAAAAAAUUCUGCAGUGUGAAUAUCUCCCAUGGACCCCCCCAUUAUGAGAGGAGAAAAAAAAAAAAAGACUAAACAAAAAGCCAAACCUAUGGACACUCACCAAGCAAGGGUAAAAACUUGCUGUUUCUCUUAUAUCCCUGUGACCUACAAUAAUACCCCAAAAAAACUCAUACAAAAAACACAAAAAGAGAAAAUAGUAUUUUUGCAUAAGCCUUCAGCGGUGUUGUGCUAGAAAAAAAUGAUUUUUAUAAGACAUUUAAUGAGCUAGUUUUAUAUUAAAGGUGUUUUAUGUCUGUAUGUUGUAAAAAUAGGCAUUAACACAAGACCAAUGUCUCCAGGGGAGGUACUAAAAUUUGGUGUCCUUACGUGUAUACAGCCAUUUUUAAUGUAGAAGAGGCUUCUAGGUAGAUGAAUAACAAACAUUUCUAUAUUUUCUUAACGCCUAUCGCUUUUGCGCAGUCUAAGCGUUUCUGUAUUCUGCUUGCUAUUGCAUGUAGUCACUUUAUAUUCUCUCUUUUACAGAUACUUUUUUUUUUUUUUUCCUCCUUUAGUUUUGUAUCCUCUUCACUUUAUAAAUGGUUAUUGUAACCCAUACAAUAGUAUAUCUUAGUAUAGUGCAUUACUAUGUUAAUCAUUUAUGUAUCCAUGUGGAUUGUCUGUACCCUGAGGCUUGUUGGGUGCUCCCAGUUUUUUUUUUUUUUUUUUUCUUUUCUCUUUUUUUUUUUCUUUCUUUCCCUUGCAUUGUCUCAAGGCUCGAGUUUACUGCCCAUAUUUUACUCUAUUAUAAAGAGAUACGGACAUGGUGAACAUAAUAUAUUAUAUUUUUUAUAAUCUUUGUAUUUUUGUAGCUGCCUCUUUUCUUUAAAAAAAAAAAAAAAAAACUGGUUAUUGCCCUAAAGGAUACAAGCCUGAAACUAUUUGGGUUCAAUCCACAGUCCUAAUUUUUUACGUUCUAAAACCAUUCCAUUUCAAAGCACUUUGGGUCCUUUUUAAGUUUUAGUGAUAGGAUUUUGUAUGUGGGAAUCAACGAAAAGAAAAAAAUGGAAUGGUUUGGAACUACGUUGAUUUUUUUUUUUUGUAUUCGCGUCUUGCAUGGCAAGUUAUAGCUACUAUUAAGCUCAACUUGGCUUAGGCAAUCUGUGGCUUUAAGUAUUCUGGGAGUUAAUAGGCACCCCCUGAAGCAGUCGCGCUACGGCGCUGUUUUUGUUUUUCGAAGAUGCAGCCCAUCAGUUCACUAGGAAAUAGUGAAAUUUGCGGAGACUUACGAAAAAUGGUUCCCUUACCCAUUACAUAGUUGUCAAGUGCACUUCCUUAGCCAGAAAGCCGCAGGCUACCUAUCCAGGUAUUUAGAAGUGUGGUUAGACCUAUUUUUUUUUUUUUUUUUUUUUUGCAUUGGCACAGUACAUAGAUUCCCUUUUGCGCGCUUCUUGUGAAAUAUAAGGAAGCCUACUAAUUUUCCGGGAGUCCGCUGUGUGUGUAACUUUAUAAGGGCAAGUUUAGUUUUAAGGCUUUAUCUAAAGUUACUGUUAAAUGGAAUUUUUUUUUUUUUUUAACACUAAACUAUAUAAUUUAUGGCGAAGGCUAAAUAAAUAUUUAUUGCAAGAGAUCCUCACAAGGCCAGUAUCACCUUUUAACAUAAAAAAAUGCAAUUUCCACUUUAAAUGUUUCUUUUCGUGGGUCCCAUUUUUAUUGCGGGAGAGAGAAAAUAAAAAAAUGAAUUAGGGGUUCCCUUGGCAAUGGCUUUACGUUGUCGUUACGCAAAGCACUGUAAAUUAAUUGUGGACACGGCGUACUUGAAAUUGGUUGUCUUGACUUGUUUCCACCCACUUGGCUAAAACACGCAAAAAAAAAAAAAUUAGAAAAAUAUGAAAUUUGCACAUUGAACCUCUCAACUUUUUUUCUAAUAUAAUAAAUUUAGAUUCAAGGGAAAAGACAGAUUUCACAGAGGGGAAAUGUACUGAGUAUGUAAGGUGCCCUUAUGGUUUUUUGAUUUACAAAAAAAAAAAACACAAAGAAAAAAAAAAUGUAAAUGGAGACUAGUCUCUCAUCAUUAUUAAAGCUGCUAUGGAUUUAAGUUCCCAGCAAGGUUUAAAAAACAAAAAAAAGUAAGGCGCAGUUCACACAGCUCUGGAGCGGUCGCAGUCCGCAUUUGGAAAGGGUCCUGUGCAUCUAUUGGUCCGAUUCAGACCUGGUUUGGUGUAUGAACCGGAACCCAUGCUGUGAGCCGCGGCCGCAGCAUAUGUGAACGGAGCCUGAAAAAAAAACAUACAGUGCUUUUCUGUAUCUUUGUCAUUUGUUUUAUUUUGCUGCUAUAAUGUUGUAGUCUUUUUGUUUUUGUUAUGAUAAAUAUACUGCCAUUCUAGAAUUUUAAUUUUCUCAUAGAAAAUUAUAUUGUUGACUUCCAUGUUUUUUUUUUGUUUUUUCUUUUAGAUUUUGUAUGUGGUAAAUUUGUACUUAAAUGUGAUUUACUGCUCUAUUCCAAAAACAAAAAAAGGUUCCUAUUUCACAAUACCUCAUGUCACAUUGUUGUUGCAUUCAGACCAGGUCUAAAGUGUCCCAGUCGUUCUUAGACCUGCAAGUUGUGUUGGGUGCCAGAAGUUGGGGUUUAUUAUAUAUAUAUUCUUUUUUUUUUUUUUUUUUUUUGAUCUAUAUUGGAAGGAAAAAAAUUGCAGACCUUUCAGAUGAUCAGAUCUAAUUUGCAUUGGAAUGUGUAUGCAAAGUUGUUUUUACUGCUUUGAUGUUAAUUAUUUGUUGGGAGAAGUGUGACGGGCUUGUUCUUUUAACCCUUUUACAAGGUUCUCGGUCUUAAAAACAUUGGCAUAAAUCAUAACCUCUGUAUUCAGACAGUUAGUAUCAUACCCAAGGGUGGUAAGAUCACAAAUUUUUAUAAAUGGAAACUUUUGCUUCUGUCCUGUUUUUAUGCAUGUACAGGCCUUUUUUUUUUAAAGGGUCCAUUGGUCUCCACAAAAGGUGGAAAAAAUGUUGCUUCUUGCCCACUGCCUAGAGGUACGUUUUUUACAAAGAUGACCUUUUUUUCUAGAGCAACAAGCAAAAUCUAAUCUGCUGCCUCAAGACCUCAGCCUGUUCAGGUAUAAAAGAACAACAUUAGAAACUGUGCCUUACCAAUUGGGGAAGUUGACUUUUCUGAACGCGUCUGGCAAAUUUGGGUAGAAUUUUUCAUGUUUUCAAGGAACCUUUUUUGAUUCUGAGGGAUGUUCCGUGAUUGGUUGGAUUGAAUAGCCCAAGAGCAGCCAAUAAACUCCAAGGGCAUGUUUGGGAUUUGGAGGAAGUUUAAAAAUGUUUGUUUACUUUUCUGCGCUAACAAACGUUUGAUGGAAUACGAAAUCUGCUGGAAUGGCCUUCAUAGCACCUCUGUUGGAAAAACAAAAUGUUAGUUUGUUCAUAGAAUGUUAAAUGUACUUUUUAUUUUUAUUUUGAAAAACAAAAGGCUACACCACUUGAUAGAACCUUUUGGCUGAGGUUCGUUGUUUGGAAAUCGGCACGUUACUUAUUGGCUCCCAGUUUUUUGUAGAAUACCUUUGCUGCAAAACUGGGAGGUGCUUGGUGCUAAAACUGCACUCAAAGUAUUUUUUUGUUUUUGUUUUCUUUUUUUUUUUAAUGGCAUAGAUAGAAUACAUAGCAAACCUGGCUAAUGCUGUUAUUCAGAAGAAUGGAUUAGCUGGAUUCUGCACGCUGCUAAACCAAAUCCAAAAUUUGUGAGUAGUAAAAUAAACAAGAAAAAAAAAUUCCAUAGAUUUUAUGGAUUUACUUCAAACUUUUUACUGUCGGGGGUCCAAGAGUACUUGACACAUCUUGUCCAAAAUCCAGGAACUUCUGUUUCUUUCUAAUAUUUUUUUCACUGUUUACCUCAAACUCUUCUGUCCAUGUCAUCAAUACCAGUUAUUUUCCUGGACCAAAAUGUGAUAACUUUUGGUGGCUCCCAGUUCUGUUGUUUGGUUAAUUGGGAAGCACAAAAAACAUUGUUAAACGUUUGUAACUCCUAAAAAGGCCAAAGCCUAAAGUCGAUUCAUGUACUAAGAGUAAUGUCAUGGUUUUUUUUUUUUUUGUCUACAGUUCUCAAAAUGUCAUUCAUCUUUGUGCAUUUUAUUUUUUUUAUCUGUUCAUGAUGGCUGGUCUGAAACGCACAUUGUCACCGCCAGACCUGCAUGUAACACAUUACUCGCCAACUGAGUCGUAUGAAAAUAUAAUACGAAUUAAAAUCUAGAAAUAAAUUGCGUUUUUAAAAACC